AUGGAUAGUAACGGGGAGUUGGCUCGGGCUCAUGCCGAUCUUUGGAAGCACUUGUUUGGCUUCUUACCCUCAGCCGCACUAAAUUGUUUAAUCGAGCUCGGUGUACCCGAUUUGAUCCAGAAUCAUGGCAAGCCCAUGACCGUCUCUGAGAUUGUUGGGGAGCUCUCCAUAACAAAUCCCAUCAAAACCUGCUGUCUCGGUAGCAUGAUGGACAUUUUGGCUCACUCGGGUUUUCUUUCUCGAGAAGCUAAAGGAGUAGAGGACGAGGAUAUUGCCUACUCCCUCACAACUGCUUCGCGUCUCCUCUUGAAAGACGAACCCCUCAAUUUAAGACAGUUCGUGUUCUACUUACUUGGUAAAAUUCUGGCAGGCCCAUGGCCGUUGUUAGGCCAAUGGCUAAAGAAUGAUACCCCGACUGUCUUUGAAACUUGUUAUGGAAUCCCGUUUUGGGAAUUGGCUACAAAGUCUGAUUUUGGUCCUUUAUUUAAUGAAGCCAUGGCUGUGGAUUCUCGGCUAAUAGGAGAAAUAUUAGUCAAUGAAUGCAAGGCAGCGUUCGAGGGGUUGGCAUCGAUCGUGGAUGUGGCGGGAGGCACGGGGACACUGGCGACCAUAAUAGCAAAAAACUUUCCGACCAUCAAGUGCAAAGUGUUUGAUCUCCCACAUGUUGUGGCUGGCUUACAAAAUAAUAAGAAUCUAGAAUUCAUUGGAGGAGAUAUGUUUGAAGAAAUUCCUCAUGUUCAUGUUGCCUUGCUAAAGAAUAUUCUACACGAUUGGAGUGACGAAAAAUGUAUAAUGAUAUUGAAGAAAUGUAAAGAAGCUAUCUCGGAGGGUGAGGAGAAAAGUGGAAAGGUUAUGGUCAUAGAAAUGGUUAAGAGGGAAGACGAUACGGUUGAUUAUCAAUUGGUGCGAGUGCGACUAGCCAUGGAUGUGCAUAUGACUUCUUGUGUGAAUGGGAUGGAGAGAAACGAGAAAGAAUGGGCGCAUCUUUUCUUUGCUGCGGGCUUUACUACUUACAAAAUCACUCCAAUGUCUGGGCUCAUAUCUCUCAUUGAGCUUUUUCCUUAA